CAUGGACACCUGGUGAACACUGACAGGCACACUUUCUCUGCAGCCAUGCAGAAGGUUGGAGCAGCUGAGCUAGAGUAGGGUGCGCAUGGCGCGCUCAAGUGCGGAUCUGCAGACAAAGUAGUCCUCUACUGUUGGUAUACACGCAUCCAUCCAAAAAAAGCUGUCUCUUUUUUGCACGCUCAUUAUUAAGGAUCAUGCCUUUCUUUGCACAAGAGCAGCAGCCAACAAUGCCUAAUGGACGCAUUGCAAGAUACCAAGCUAGUAAAAGAGAAACCAAAAGAGAAUGCGACGUCAGCACCGCCAACAGGACAGAGUCAAGGGGCGCAUUCUGAGGGCUUGCCGCAUUCUGGGGCGAUGGGCCCCCCUGAUUCGGCGCCCCAGGAGGGGCGCAUUGGGAGGGGUGACACCAGAAAGGGAGUGCCAGAAGAGUCAAAGCAUGCAGAGUCUAGGAUCAGGGUCAUCACGUUAGAGGCAGCAAGGCUGAGAAAGGAGCUGAGGGACUCGGAGGCGAAGCGGCAGAGGGCGGUGGACAAGUGUAAGGAGUAUGAGGAGAAGAACCGAUGGGGGGAGCGAGCGAUCAGUGAGCUGCGAUACUCGAACAAGCAGCUUCAAGGGGAGCUUAAACUUGCCAGCGAGGCGGCCGCUGCGUCAGCCACCCGCAACAGGGCUGCGCUGGCAUCACUCAGGGCUGGACUUGGCGCCGUAGAGCAGGCUGUCGCAGAGAGGGCCGCCAAGAGCCACACCCAGCUACAGGGCCUCUUCACCGCCCUGCAGGGCCUUCAGCGAUUGGUGCUGCAGCGCGCCAGCGUGCCAGGUAGCGACAUGCUAGAGGCCCAGCGCUUGUUUGCCGAGCUGGUGCAUGGGCUGGGGGCUCUUGGCAGUCUGAUUGGCGGCGGCCUCCAUCCCCUCAUUCCCCCCCAGUCCGCCAGCGAGCCCCCCACCCCCGCUGCCCCUCCCCUAGCCCUUAAAGAGCAGUCUGCCAACGUGGCUCUCGCAGCAGAGUUGGUCGUGCUAAAGCAGCGCAUGUCGUCCGUUGAGGCCGAACGAGUGAGGCUUUCUGCGGAAGCGACCUCUCUUCGGGAGGAGCUAGCGCGCGAGCGCACCGGCGAGGGCGCCAAGGCCGCGGCGUUGAUCCCGCAGUACCGGAUGGCGGUGGUCAAGGCACGUGCCCAGGCGUCGGCCCUGCGGGAGCGCCUGGCGGAGGGGGCCAAGGAGCGCGCGGCACUGCGGGAAGAAGUGGAGAGCGCGCAAAAGGCGCUGCGAGAAAGUUCCAGCGCCCAGGAAGUGGAGCAGCAGAGGGAGGCCCUCCAGAGCGCGCGCGCGCUGAGUGAGGCGGCUGCAGCCCGGCAGCAACUAGAGGCGGACCUGCAAGUCCUGCGGAAACGGCUGGCGCGGUUGGAGGCGGACGCAGAGCGGUGGACGAAAGAGAGGGAAGCGCUGCUGGUUCGGUCGGGCGAACUCGAGCAGCGUUGCAAGCAGCACAGUCGGACGAUCCGGGACCUCCGCGCGCUCAUUGCGGACCAGCGCGCGGACGCCCAGUUCGCGCUUGAGAUUGUGUCCAAGCGUCCGAAGAUCUUCUUCUUCCCCCCCCAACAUUCAACGCUGGAAACCACCUCCCCCCGGCCAGCCACAGCGUCUGCUGUACACGAAACUUUGGGGCGGAGCCAAACCUGGUUAAAUGAGCACGCGGUUAACGGGAACGGGCAGGCGGGAAACGGGUUCGAGAACGGGUUAGGGGCGGGUUUGGACUGGACUUCGAGUGGGGAGCGCUCGUCGGAGUUUGCGGGAAAGGGUAGGGAACGGCAUCGAUAUCACAGAAGUCGCAGGAGGGGAGACAGGAAAACGGGUCGAGACGAGGGUUAUGCGAGCGUGCCUAACCCGAGCCAUCAGCACGGGUUAAGACGAGACGAGCAGGGGGCAAGGCCGGGCGGGUAUGACGGGAGCGCUCCCAAUCCGGGUUUCGAGCGUGGCUUAAGAAGAGAGGGUAAUGAAGUGGAGGUAGACGGGUACAGAGCGGUUGGGGUUAAGGGUGGGUUAGGCACAGAGAAUCGCAAUAACGAGGGCAACGGUUUACUGCCAGCGGGGGUGAUGCCGAGCGGGUUUGGGCAUACGGACUUUCACAAAAUUGGGGGCCCUGUCAUUGAAGGAAGGGACGGGGACAGCCUUCCUCCGGAAGCGGGAGGGUUGAGAAAAGGCCAUGGUUUAGGGCCCAGUAGUGUGGGGGUUUCUUCUAAACCAGAGGAGUGGAACGGUGUGAAUAAUCGGCUUAGUGAAGCGAAGGCCUCCUCCGGGAAGCCGAACGGGGGUAUUCUCGCCGAGGGGUUGCUGGACGACCUUCUGCUGACAGAAACGGAAAGUGAACGAGAUCUGUUAGGAAAGAUUAACGGCGGUUCCCUAAAAGCGGGGAAUCGUUCAGGCGUUUCCCCGGUCAGUCAGUCGCUGCCGGCCGGGCAGUGGCCGAGCCGGGGGUUAGAGGCAACAGCGGCUGCAUAUGCGCAGCCAAUAAGUAACAAAGUAGUGGGCGAUCGAGACCGAAACGAAGGGGUUACGCUACAAAACGACGGUGGGUUAAUGGGCGAAAACGGUGAGUUAGGUAGACGAGAAAGCGAGUCCGAUACUGGGGUUUGGAAGGGGGCCGCCGCAGCGGCAGGAUCAGAAGAGCUGCAGAAAGGGAUGGCGGCGUUGGAUAGAGAGAUCGCGGACUUGCAGACGAGCUUGCAGGCUGCCAGCUGGCGCCUGCAAGAGUAGCCACGUCGUCGCGAUUCUAAAAAGUUGAGGACAGUCAAGACUAUGGAUGAAUGGAAGUUGAAGAGAUACGUGUUGACAGUCAGAGUAUGCAUUGCUGGUUCGCGUUUGGUGAUUCUUCUACUCGCAUGUUACAGUGCUAACUAUCCUUAAGGACCUCUACAUGUACCCCAACUUCUUUGCUCGGAUGGGCGGCAACUUUGAAGUUCUGUUACAGAUCGGAUUCACAAGUACAAUAGAUGCAAGGGAUAGUUUAUGAUGCGCAAU